AUGCAGCAUCAUAACCGGCAGCCUGAGCUGGUGGAGGGAAGUCUUCCUGUGUUUGUGUUCCCCACUGAGCUGGUCUUCUACGCCGAUGAGCAGACGUCCCACAAGCAGGUGCUCACGCUCUACAAUCCCUACGAAUUUGCCCUCAAGUUCAAAGUUUUGUGUACAGCGCCGAACAAGUAUGCCGUAGUAGACGCCACUGGAGCUGUGAAGCCACAGUGCUGCGUGGACAUUGUAAUCCGCCACAGGGACGUGCGGGCCUGCCACUAUGGCGUGAUCGAUAAGUUCCGACUGCAGGUGUCUGAACAGAGCCAGCGGAAGGCUCUGGGCCGCAAGGAGGUGAUGGCCACGCUGCUGCCCUCGGCCUCCCAGGAGCCGUCACACUCUCGGCCCCAAGAGGAGGAGCGCAGGAUGAAGGAGCAGCUGGCCGACAGUGCUUUCUUUGAGCAGACCGCAUUCCAGCCAGAGAGCCGGGCAGCGCCAGGAGGGCCCAGCGUGCUGACCGUCCUGCUAGGGCUGGUGUGUGUGGCUGUCCUUAUGCUUCCUACCCUGGGGGAGCUGGAGUCCGUUGUGCCUGUCUACCUCCACUUAAGUGUUAACAAGAAACUUGUAGCUGCUUACGUUCUAGGUCUUCUUACAAUGGUUAUCCUGCGGACUUGAGAUGCUACAAGUGCGGGACAUGUCCUGGAAAGAGAGGGGAAGGGAAAUGAAGGAUAGAACAAAGUCGACAGACACACGGGGUCGAUAGCAGUGUGCCUUCAAAUUGGAGACUAAACAUGGGAUUUACUCGAGACUUUCCUUAUUUCCCGGAUGUAGGACAAGAUCGAGACCAAAUUACUUUAGUCGCGAUGCAGCAGGCUCUCUAGUGCACGGGUGUGCAACACUGGUCCUGGAGAGCUAUAAGCUAUGCUAGUUUUUAUUUUCACCUUAAAAUCAGCUCCCAGUUCAGACCCAAGUAACCAGGUGAAGUGAGUUAACUGUGUAAUCGGCUGCUCUGACUGAUUAAGUGCAGAGUAACAAUGAAAGCCAGCAGAGCACGUGGCUCUCCAGGACUAGGGUUGCAGACCCCUGCCCUAGUGUGUAAUUUAGCACACCUGACUCUACUAAUUAGCGGCUCAACAAGAUCUAGCUGUUGAAUAAGAUGUGUUUUGUUAGGGCUGGAGUGAAAACUUACAGGACGAUCGAUAUCCAGGAACAGGGCUGGUUACCACUGGUCUAGUCCAUUGGUUUUUGAACUCAGUCCUUGGAGGCCCUUGUGUUUGCUGGUUCUAACCACGAUUACAAUCCCCGAAAUUUAGCAAGCGGUUGAUUUUUUCUUGAGUAAUGUAGCACAAUGUGAAUAUGGAACUUUAUUCUUCAUGGCAUUCAUAGCUAUUUCUGACAUGAUGGGGUUUUUAGAGGGUAAAUAGUCCCUCGAUAAAUGAAGCGGAAUUUCGUAAGUGGAACCAAGAAAACAAUUUGUUAAAAUUCUGGUAUUGCAGUUGUGCUUGGAAUGAAAACCAGAGUACACAAUGACACCCCAGGACUGAGUAUGAAAACCACUGCUCUAUAAAGCCGAAAUAAUUAGCCCACGUCAAAAUACGAAAACAUUUCAGUCUCCGCUGUCGCCAUAUCUACUUCUUUAAAAAUAGCUGAACUCCGCUCUGGAGCAUGCGCACUACGGCGGGGUAAACAUACGCUGAUUUCGAGAUUGGCGGGAGACUUUCUUGGGAUCAACGGAUACGGAACUCGCGCGUUCUGCAAUCAAGACUUCCCUAAAGUUAAUACGCUGGUUAGCUAACCAUGUUAGCACGGUACUUUGGAAACCCGUAUUAAUACGGAGCUGCGUAAUAAAAUUGAAGGCACGCUGUAAUUGACCCGUAGACCUUCCACCUGUGUCCUUGAAGGAGGGAGAGGGGGGAAACAGAAAAAGGUCUGACUGACAGGGGAACACAGUUACCCUCUAAAUCGUGUUUUAACUGUUUUAAGACAACAAAAAUAAACUUUAAAACAAACUGCUACUUGUAUAAGCCAGGUGAAGUGAAGGUCAGUUAGUGCAUGGCUGUUCGGAGCCUUGCACAGAGAUGGACUGAGGGCAAGCUGUAGAUGGGGGGAGGGGUAAUUCAGGGAGGGUGUCUGUGAAAGGGGUUUGCAUAGAGACAAAGGGAAAUGUUUUAUUAAAAGUGUUGUUCAACUUCA